GAAGUCGAGUUUGUAUAAAUCCAGCCUCUUCACCCUCUGUAAAUAACAUUCUCAUCAUCAUUCAGCUUCUUCAACAAUCUUCACUUCCUUUCUAUUCAUACUCAAUUUACUUUUCACUUCAUCUCACUUUCUUGCCUCUCUAAUCCAUCAUCUCUCUUUAAAAAAACCAACCACCACCACCAACAAACUCGCCAAAAUGCAAUUCUUCGCUACCGCCGCCCUUCUUUUUGUCGCUGUCUCAGCAGUUGCAAUCCCACCACCAGCUCCAUCCUCCACCCCCGCUCCCGACCCAGUUGCCAUCGCAAAACAAUACGCAGACUUCGACUUCACGCCAAUGGCCAAAGCCAUCGCUGAAGCCGACGACAUUGCCAUCGCCGAAGCAAAGGCUGGCAAAAAAGGAACUGCUAUAAUCAAGACCUCAGCCACCGAAGAAGAAGAAGAUGCGACCUUUGACCAGUCUUCUGAGAUCCAGGAUCGCGACUUGACCAAGCGUGGUUGCUUCGGCCUCAGCCCUACUUCAAAGGUUGGAAAGAUUUGCAUUGAAGCCUGUGUAGCUACUUGCGUGAGUUCCCUCCAUCUUAUGAAAUGUUUGGGCUGGACUAACAGGAAUACAGACUCUUGCUUCAGCUGGUCUCGCUAGCACUCUUUGCUCCAAGGCUUGCAGCAUCCAAUUGUAGAGUAAGUUCCUUCCCCUUCAGGUCCCAAAAAUAACCAAUUAACGAAAUGACAGAAAUUGGAGCAGAAACGGAAGAUUGAGUCUCCGCUUUUGGGCACCUCCCGGAGAGAGAAUUGGUGGACGUGAAAACCAGAGAAGGGCGUUUAGAGCUGGCUUCGGAGUUUGAUCGUGUUUUGUGUGAUUCGAUAUCAUGUUUUCCCUUUUUUCCUCUUUUUGCAUUUCUAGAGCCGGGCUUGAAGUCUGCAAGGUUGAAGUUGUUAAAUUUGUACUGUAUAUAGAAGCCAAUGAAAAGUUCCUUCUCGGGAU